AUGCCGUCGGGAGAAGAAGGCUGGGCUGCGGAUCCUGCAGAUGCGCUUCUUACUGUGGAAGGAGCGAAGGUCAACCCCGAAGGGGCACUGGAGAAGAGCUCCUAUGCCCAGUUUGUGGCCGUUUACAGCGGUGAGCCGGUGGACAGGCCAUGA